AUGUCUCUCAAGAUAAUGUUCACAGACUCAAUCAUUGCUGGCUAUGUUAGGACCAUCAGAUCAUGCCCUCGCGAAAUAAUUGCCAAUCGCCAGUUACUGUUCACAGUUGCCAUGUAUGCGACAGCCGGGCUUCCGAUCACAUGGGACCAAGGAUCGUCUUCAGUGAUCCCAUCACUCCCCGGGUUUCAAGCCGCCUUUGGCAUCACAUCUGCUGCAAAUCCCACUCAAGUGACUAACUUCAUCUCCUUCGUUUACAUUGGCGCCGGCGUCGGUGCUGGCUUUUCGUUCUUUAUCAACGAUCGGAUUGGACGUCUGUGGUCUUUCCGCCUCUACAUGGCUAUUUGGAUUAUCGGCCAGAUGCUCGCUACCUUUUCCUAUGGCCAUACCGGCGUUUUAUACACAGCUCGCAUCGUGUCAGGUCUCGGUAUAGGACCCCUUACCGUGAUAGGUCCCGUGGCCAUCGUUGAAGUUGCCCCAACCGAGAUUCGAGGACUGCUCUCAGUCUGGUUCAGCGUUGUUAUGCUCCUAUCAUUGACGGUAUCCAUUUUCGUCGUUCUCGGUGUUUACCUCCAUGUCGCCAGCAGCUAUCUUCAAUACCAGAUUGUUUUCUUUGUGCCAACGAUCGCGGUAGCCUUCAUCGUCAUGGGCAGCUUCUACUUAUCGGAAAGUCCACGAUGGCUAUUUCUCGUCAACAAACAAGAGCAAGGCGUCGAAACUCUCGUCAAAUUACGCGGCUUGCCUGCGACUCAUCCCCGCGUCGCCUCCGAGAUUGAAGAUAUCCAGAGACAGAUUGACGGACAAUGGAAGUUUCAGAAGAGCAGUUUACAGCCAGGGUUCAUUGAACUGUGCAAGGAGACUUUCCUGGUCCCGUCCAACCUUCGCCGAGUCCAACAAACUUUCAUAUCCUAUGCGUUGGCACAAUUAUCUGGUGCGAACAGUGUGACCUCAUAUCUCGUUCCAAUCCUAAGUCUGAUGGGACUAGGUGGUGGAACGGACCGUUCACUGUUUUUAUCUGGCAUGUACUCGAUGGCGAAGUUCUUCUUCACGUUGAUUGCGAGCUUCUGCUUUAUUGAUGUGCUAGGGCGUCGCAAAAGCUUCUUUACUGGCGUGACUCUACAGAUGGUGUCUGAUAUCUACAUUGGCGUUUAUAUUAAAUACAGGCAAAGCGGCCUAGUCACUACCAGUGCGAGUGAGGCGGCUGUUGGGGCUAUAUUUAUCCAUGGAUUUGGCUUUGCUGUUGGUCUUUUGAUUCUUCCAUACGUGUUCGGUGCAGAAAUCUGGCCGAAUCAUAUUCGGUCCUUCGGUGCUGCAAUUUCACAGUGCUUCCACUGGCUCUUCUUCUUUGGCAUCAACAGAGCAACGCCAUCUCUCCUCGCCAAUACUAACAAUUGGGGCGCUUUUAUCUUCUUUGCAGCCUGGUGCUUUGUCUCAAUUGUCUAUGCCUAUUUUGUGAUACCCGAGACCGCAAGAGAAGGACUCGAGGACUUCGACGCUAUCUUUGAGCAGCCACUUUGGAGGGCUUAUCGCGGCACAAAGCGGAAUCAUACUACAUGCAUCGAGGCUUUUGAAGUAUCAGAUGCACAUGAUCAUAUGUCCAGGUCUGGCAGUGACUUGACAAAGAAAAAGAAUCACUUUGCGGAUGAUGGUGUUGAGAUCUGA